GCUCAUUUUUUUUGUGAAUAUGUGAUGAAGUUUUUGAGUCCGUCGCACUCUAUCAUUGUAUUCAAAUCAGCGCCGGCUACGCGCUCUCUCAUGCUGCUCGGUUUGCAGGAAUGUUUCGUAGAUCAUCAAGCUUGAUAUCAAUCGUGCAGUGUUCUGCUCGUGUCGGUUGCCUCACGAGGAGACAGUGUGUUGCUAUAGGACGAGUGUGGCUAGCAAUUGCAGUGAAUCCUACGUAAAAAUGCAUGCCUCUGUGCAAAAGCAGUUCGGUCGUGAAGAGCGUUAAGCUGCCUGGAGCCAGUAGGAGGUUCGUUGCUAAGUGCAUGUGCAAGAAGUGCGGGAGCAAGCCCACUUCGUUGAGAGACAAGUGAACAGCACCUACAGGAGGAGCACCGAGAGUCUGAGUCGAAAAAGGAUUGAGACAUGAUGAUGAUACAACAGCGAAUGCGAACUAAAAAAAGUUGUAUCUUUCCGCUUCUCUUCAAGACGCUUCUAGUCUGCUGGAUGCAGCGUCUCCCCCGGGUUUUUUCCUGAUUUGGUUUCGUAGAUAAAACAACUCGACCAAGAAUUAGCGUACGAGGUUGGGAGCAAUUAUUGUGGUACACUACAAGAAGGCACAGAGACAGAAAUUAUGUUUUCCGGGUCCGGCGCGCCUGGGCGGGGUUCGAUCGUGUAUUCCGAUCAAAUGCGAAACUUGGGCACGAAGGAGUGCGACGUCCUGCUAGACCACGGCUUCUGCAGCACGACUUUCAAAUUCCCGAUCGGGUCGCAUGAACGGGAGGUAGUGAAGGAGAUGACGAAGAACGGGGUUCCGCCAGUGCUGGCAAGCCGAGGGCUCCGUCCGGCGCAGUGGCAGCAGUGCGCGGAUGCACUGAUUCGUAUGACCGAUCAGCAGUUCUUCAAAAAUUGUCCCGCACUGGAGGGCGUAUACUGGUGCUGCCCCGGUGGGCCGGUGCAGACGGUCGUUUGCGUAUUCAAUCCGAUCUCGUGCGUGUUCUGCAUCAUGCCGAUGGAGGAGGCGAAGAAAAAAUGCGUGGAAAUUUGCGAUCCCAUCCUGCGCCCGCUCGGGUUUCAAGCGGCUGCGCGGGGAUCUUUGCAGGAUUAUAUUUGUUUCGAGCCCAUUGAGGGCAGCAACAUCACACCCAUCUCCGUCGAGCAGUCGCGGAUGGUAUCCAGGAAAAAACACCCAUCCACAUCCAAUUUGUCAUGCAAAACAUGCACAAAGUCCUGUGCUUGUCAUGCAAAAAAUGGAUGUGGAUGGGUUUUUUUCUGUGGGUAGAUGGCGUUCAAUCAGUGGAAGCAAUUGGGUUUUCCGAGUGCAGCUGCUUCGAGCGCUGACGCCAUGGGCAUGGAGGAAGCGAACGGGUACGGAAGCAGUUUGAAUAUGUACGGCAAUUUUACUCCUGUGCACAACAUCAACACCACCGGAAUAAAUCCCUACACCAUGGGAGCCGGUGCUGGAUCAUCGGAGACAAAAAUGGGAGAACUAUUUCAACCAAUGUCCACGUCUGGAAUGGAAGUUCAGGGCAACGACUAUGGGCCCGGCCGGAGCAAUGCUUCGACUAGCUUCACCUACGUCAGCUGA